GUCGCGUUGAGGGUUAUUCAAACGUCACUUUUGAAUCGUAGUGCUCGAAGCAGAGUAUGUUGCGACUGCUGUUUGUGCACUUGCCUCUCGCUCUUGGUGUUGCGACGCCCUGCCCGCACGCCAACGCGACAGGCGACACCUUGACAUCGGGCACGUACUGCACGCCCGGCGUCGCGGUCUGCCGCGUCAACGCGCUUUGCAGCGAAGUGUGGCGGUCGGUGAGUCCUCUUACGACCAAGAUCGCUGGCCUCGCGAGCAUCGGCAACCUCUCGUCGUACGAGGGAACGAAAUUGCUCGUGCAAAACUGCUCGAGUGGGUUUCGCCUGGAGCAGACCACGCUUGCACUGCCGCCGAGCCUGACUGUCUUUGGUCUCGAGAACUGCCCAAUGCAAGCUCAAAUGCCCUCGGUCAGCUGGCCGCUCAGCCUCACUGAACUGUACCUCAGCAACGGCAGCUUGACCGCGAUACCGAAAGGGCUCCCACUCUCGGUCGAGGAAUUUUGGAUGGACGGCAACCAGAUCGCCGACUUGAUCGAUGCGCCACUCGCCACCAAGAUUUUGUCCGUAGAGCGCAAUCAGCUCCGCGUGCUCAAGGACGUGGACCUUACACAGACGCAAAAAGCAUACUUUGGCGGGAACCCGCUCACAGUGCUGAGUCACGUGCACUUCUCCAAGAGCCUUCAACUCUUCAAGUGCAACGGCUGCAACUUUGUGCUCUUCAUCGUCGACACCAAGUCGUUCCAGGCUCUGGACGCGUUGCCUGAAUUUGACCCAGAUACGCAGCUCGGGCUUCUUGUCGAUAGCAUCAAGAGUGACGCCGCCUACUGCGCCAACACGGUCAAGGGCACGAUCAAGAUGUUGCACGCCAAGUAUCCCGUCUGUGUGUCGGGUGCGUCCUUCGGAGAUGGUCUAGUUACAUGA